CUACGCAUUCUACGUAAUUUAGGAUCGUAUUGGAUCGUAUAAAAUUUUUAAAAAUUGUGAGACAGCUAGGUUUCUUCUUAUAAUUAAUAAGAAUGGGUAACUCUGCAACAAAAGUAGAAUCGAAGCAGGAAGAAAAAAAGAAACUAAAACCUUGCUGUGCCUGUCCUGAAACUAAGAAAGCGAGAGACACGUGUAUUAUUGAAAAGGGCGAGGAAAAGUGCGGCGACCUCAUAGAAGCGCAUAAAACAUGUAUGCGAUCAAUGGGAUUUAAUAUAUAAAACAUAGAAUAAUAAAUGUCUUGACACCAAAGACGUCUUCGUCAUAAAGGGCAUAUUCC